AUGAUUUUGAGCAAGCUGUCGUUUAGACACGUCAAAUCAAGGAUUAGCCAGCCGUAUGUUAACAUUAGUGUAUUGAGGCCUUAUUCCUCCAAAAAGAGUGCAAACAAAUGGAUUUUACCAAACUUGACAAAACUUAACGAAACUAAGGAACACACAGUGACAAAACAGAAAAGAAUAACGAAAAGUGGUUUAGACGAAUCAGACAGAGAGCUUUUAGUGUCCUUGAACUCUGGACCUCGUAUGCAUGCUGAUUGGAGGAAAAUGAAAACGCUUCCGGAAUGGAAAAGGCAAAAGUUUGCACUUGUGGAAAAGCUGCAAGGGUCCAAGUGGAACCCCAAAAAGAAGUUGAGCAGAGAUACAAUCGAAGGAAUUCGUUUACUUAAAGAGAAGCUACCCGAGUUGAAAGCUGAUUACUUUGCCGAACAGUUUCAAGUUUCACCUGAAGCAGUGAGGAGAAUCUUGAAAUCUCGAUGGGAGCCAACUUUGGAGGAACGGGAAAACAUAGAGGAACGAUGGAAAAGGAGGGGAGUUAAGCAUCUACAAUUGAAAAUUAAAGAACAAUUAUUAAAGACAGUUAAAGAAAAGGGGGAAAAAUCCGAGGACGACCGGAAAACAAUUGAAAGCGAGUUUGAAGAUGAUGUCAUUGUUAAUAAAUAA